AUGCUUCAACCUCUGAUAUUGGCCCUGACCUUGGCCGCAAGCGGCCUCGUCUCAGGAUUUCCCCAACUUCACCGUGAAUUGAUCGUUCCCCGACAGGACACGACAAACACGACGGUCGGUGUUGAUGACUGUCGUUGGGACAGCACAACUGGAAUCCACACGGAAUGUUGGGAAAUUUUGAAAAUGAACGACCACCUCAACGAUUGGUGGUCGAAGAAUUCCGCAAAAUGCGGUGACAAGGGCUUCUCACAAUGCUACUUGGACUCGGCUGGACUGAUCACUUGGAAUUGCGAUGUUCUGUCUCUCAGUACUUGCACUCCUCCACCCAGCGGACAAGGCGCGAAAUACAAUUCGUAUCAAGAGUUUUAUGUCAUAUGGAACAUUUACACGAUAAACCAAUAUUUUGCCAAUUACCACCAAGCGCUGCUCAAUGGCCAAGCUGAGGCAAUUGGAGUCGUUGGACAGAUCGUGCAAACCGUUGCCCCACCCGAAGACGUUAACCCCAAAACCCCGUUGUUUGGUCCAAUCUUCGGUGCUACUUUUGGGCUGUUCAGCGCUGUUGCUACUUUGGCACCGCCAGGAGCUGGGGCAUUCAUUGCAGCAGCACUGAUGGGUGUGGCCGGUGGCACACCAGUUGGUGUCGUGAACCUUCUCUUCCCUAAGUCGUCGAGGGACCCUGUGGCUUGGCAGGAUAUUUCCGCCUCUCUCUCUGGCUUUGUUGAUGACUACCAAAAGAACGUCGGGGCAGCAGUCUCCCUCAUUCAAAAAGACUUUGACACAUUCUACGGAGUUACAAACCAGGGCGCUUUUUGUGCCCGAGUAGCAGAUUCUUUACCUGACAAGACCAGCUUCAUGUACCGCGAGUUGAUGAAAUGGACAUUCAACCAGGCUGUCCAGGCUCGUGGAUUCUUCUCCAUUAAGAACCCUGGUGUCGAUCCUAAAAAGCUUGAGGCAGAGACUGGCAACUUUAAGUGUGGAGACUACGAUGGGUAUGGAGUUUGCAAGGACAACAAGUACAUCUACUUCGACGGCACAGACUCGUAUGGUAUGGCCAGAGCCCGAGACGUUGGUGCCGACUUCUUCCCUGGGGUUCUUCAAGUCGCCUUUGAUAAGAACUGGACGACCCCUAAGGAGCUGUAUGUUGACGCUCAGACUUGCGCGUUCAAAGCCGAGGAGGAACAAACCAAUGCCACUGAGCUGGACACUGGAUGUGCAUCAAACACCCCUGUGUGUGUCGUCGACAUGGGCGUCAAUCUCGACACGGCUCUCAGUCAACACAAUCCUGGCUCCAUGUUUACCAACUGCCCCCCGAUGCUAGGCUGGGGCGUUGAUUACUGGAACAAUAAGGCAUACGUUCCAUUCUCCUACCUUGGACCGCUGCUGCACGCCAAUGAAAUCGUUCACAAUGAGUCAUGA